ACGAAAUUAGAGUGGGUCUCAUCGAUCACGAACAAAAAUGGAGAUGUCUGGAAAGGAAAUCGGGCUUUAUAAUCCAGAAAACAUAUUCUGGGCAAUCUUUACCUUCAUGUGGAUCGUCUAUGUGUGGGAAACGUACCUUUCUCAUCGCCAGCGGAAUGUGUACAGAAACACUAAAGAUGUCCCUUCAUCUCUCAAGGAUGUGAUUGACAAUGAGACCUUCGAGAAAGCCAGGCUCUAUGGACUUGAUAAAAGUAGCUUCGGAUUCUGGCAUGGGAUCUAUGAACAGAUUGAAUCAUCUAUCAUCCUAGUGCUUGGCGGUAUCCCAUACCUGUGGAUGAUGGCCGGAAGGGUCACAGGUCACUUUGGCUUUGGACAAGAAUAUGAGAUCACACAAUCUUUGGCCUUCAUGCUGCUUGCCUCUGUGUUCUCUACAUUUGUUGGACUGCCCUGGGUUCUGUACAGUACGUUUGUGAUUGAGGAGAGGCAUGGCUUCAACAAACAGACCCUGGGAUUUUUCUUCAAAGAUCAGGUGAAGAAGUACAUUCUCAUGCAACUGAUAUCCCUUCCUAUCCUAAGUGGUCUACUCUACAUCAUCAAGAUAGGUGGACAAUACUUCUUCAUCUAUGCCUGGGUCUUUACCCUCGUUAUCUCAUUGUUCCUGAUCACAGUAUAUGCCGACUACAUUGCUCCACUCUUUGACAAGUUUACACCCCUCCCUGAAGGAGAUCUGAGAACCAAGAUUGAAGAAUUGGCAAAGAGCAUUGAUUUCCCACUCUACAAACUAUAUGUUGUUGAAGGCUCCAAACGUUCCUCUCACAGUAAUGCAUAUUUCUAUGGAUUCUUUAAAAACAAGAGAAUUGUUCUCUUUGAUACCCUCCUAGAAGACUACAAACCAGCCGUUACAGAAGAGAAAAAAACAGAUGAAGAAGAGACAAAACCUGCCGAUGCAGAGGGAGAUGGGGAAGAAGAGCAGAAGGUAGAUGAAGAGAAGAAAACAGAAGAGGAGGGAGAGAAGAAGAAGAAGACGGGAUGCAACACAGAAGAGGUUCUUGCUGUUCUAGCCCAUGAGCUUGGUCAUUGGAAGCUAGGACAUAAUCUCAAGAAUCUUAUUAUUAGCCAGGUGAAUAUAUUAUUGUGUCUCUUCCUAUUUGCCCUCCUGAUUGAGAGGACAGAAUUCUUCAAUGCCUUUGGUUUCUACGACGCAUACCCCACCCUCAUUGGACUCCUCAUCAUAUUCCAGUUCAUCUUCUCACCGUAUAAUGAGGUUCUAUCCUUCUGCAUGACCGUGUUGACGAGGCGUUUUGAGUUCCAGGCUGAUGCCUUCGCCAAGUCCCUCCAGAGGGCGUCCUAUCUGCGUAUGGCCCUCAUCAAACUCCACAAGGACAAUCUAGGCUUCCCUGUCGCUGAUUGGCUCUUCUCUGCUGUUCACUACUCACAUCCUCCUCUCCUAGAGAGAUUAGCUGCCCUAGGCAAGACUGACUAGGUCUAGAUAGCCAAAGGCCACCGAACGUGUCAUCCUGACUAGACUGGAUUUUAAAAGAACCUGAAAAAGGAUUGCAGAAAUGACUCCUUUCGAAAUGUGAAAUUUACAUGAUUAAGGUCCCAAAUUGUCACAUGAAAUUUAAAAUACAAACCACAGGGUGUUGUAAACAUUCAAGUUUAUAGAGUAGAGGCCUAAUCUGCUGUGAUUUUGUUGUAAUGUCAUGCCAGUUGCAUGAGUGGUGACCAACUGGUCACCAAAUUGAAUUUCCUCUUACAGAAAGGUUUGAAAUAUGAUGCAAUAUAUAUAUUAAUAUUCAUGUGAUCAUUCAGGACUUCAGUCAGUUUCAUCUCACAUUCAAUGAUGUUUCUUUGAAGUCUUAUCGUAGUUGGAUCGCGAGGUUGUUGGUGGCCUGAUGGAAAUCUGAUCAUUCCUGGUAUUGCCUCAUUCCCCUAUUACCUGUAGCUUAUACAAGUGGAAUUGCAUGGUAAACUAUUCAUUGAUGAAAGUAUAGAUGCACAAAGUAAGAAGUAUUGUAAGACUUAAAGAGAAGGUUGAGUUCUGGGAAGAGGUGUAAAAUAAUUUGUAAGCGUUAUCAUUGUUAUUAUGCAAGUGUGGAAGAACAUCAGAUAAAACAUGUUCCCUGAAAUGCAUGGCUCUCCAAAUACUUUCAUAUUCUAGAUAUGGCAUGUAACAGCAUGAAAAUUGGGACAGAUUUUCAUGCCACAUGUUUGUGUAGUCCUAUAUACAUCUUUCUGUGUACAGUGCUUG